AUGCUUUUUGACUUUCUUUCUUAUCAACACCUUUCAUCCCAACCACCUACUCUUCUGAAUAUUUCUUCCCCUUCCAAUACCUGUAUUGUUUUAAAUCUUCAUCAUUACCUAAUCUAUAUUGUUCCAACCCUCUACCAUCACUACAUAUACCUGAGUUGCUUCCUCUUUUCCUACAACCUUUACUGCCACCUUCCCUCUUUUUGUUCUUUUCCUUUCUGCCUUCUACUCUUUAAUGUUCAUGCUACUCAGCUUCUGGAUGCAGCCCUGGACCGUAGCCAAUGGAAUGUGGCAAGAGACUUGAUUCGCUUCUUGAGGGCCAUUGAUCCAACUGAAGCUGAUUCCAAUCCUCCUUGCAGUGUGCUGACUCGAAUGUCCAGUAAUUCAAUGUAUAACCCUCCUUACCCUAACCCACCUAUAACACCGACAGAGAAAGCUCCAUUUGGAAUCACAGAUGUCCAGCGAACAUCAAGCUUUUCAGGAUCAGAACCUCAGGUUAAAGACUCAAGUAGGGUUAGUGAGAGUACCAAAGUUCCUUGUGUUCAAGAUACAACAUCAUCAAGCAGCACAAAAAGAAGAAAUUCUCGUGCAAAGGAGGAAUCUUCUCCAGACCAAUUCUAUAUUGAUCAAAUCCUUAACCGACAUGCCCGAAAGUUGCUCAGCUCACAUCGACUUCGAGACCUGGGCAUGUUUUCAGCUAAUAUGCAAGAUUUUCAGUUAGUUGGAUGGCUUCGGAAGGAAAGGUAG